AUGGCAAAAUCCAUCUUAGAUCCUUUGCCGUCUCAGUACACCCUUCUCGUCCGUGUAUUCGGCGGCGUAGACUCACUGCAAUUCAAAGAAAAGCUGGACGCUUCAAACAAGGAUCUACGAACACCCAUCGAGAAAGUCUUCAUGAACGAGAUAGCUGCCACUGCUGCUUUGGAGAGAGCCUGCAUACCCGAAAAAGUGAAGUCCUUCGUGAGCUUCCAGUCUAAUCCUCGCGACAUGGAGUUGUGGGAGCAUUCGGCACAAAUUCGGGUGAUCAACCCUGAAUCUGGUGGUGUUGAGAAAGUGGAGGCAAAUUUCCAAAGCUUGGUUCGAGACUUUGGUGCCUGCAUCGCUAUCCCACAGCUAUACGGUCGCGAUUUCCUGGAUCGAUAUCCACAGGCACUAGAGGAUCUGUGGAAGUUUGACAACGAUCUCUUCCCCCUUUUGAUGAUUGGCCUGCCACUGUGGGCUCCUUUGAAAGUGAUGAAAGAGGGUCUCGCUGCGCGGACCCGUCUCAUCACUGAACUCGAGGCUUUGUAUCGCCGAAUCGAUCAGUACCAGCAGGGAGAUCCUGUCGAUUUCGACGCUGAUAUGCGCGACGUCGGUGAAACAGCAUUGGGAAGGAACAACGUCUACAGGAGGAAAGGUUGGUCCUUCCCUGAGCGUGGUGCUGGAGACCUCGGACUCCUUUGGGGCCAGAAUGCGAACACGCAACCACUCCUCUUCUGGCUGCUAACCUACGUAUAUUCCACGCCCAAGAUAUUGGAGCAACUCCGCGAGGAACUGACCCCGUAUGUUACGAUGUCUACGUCCAUCCCCAGAGAAUUGACAUCGCUGGAUAUGCAAGGCUUGUCGAGGAAUUGUCCGUUGCUGAAGGCGUGUAUUUACGAGACCUACCGCCUUGUAAACGAACCAACGUUUGUAUCCCCGUUCGAACUUUUUGUAGGACAUUUACUGACCUCGUGCGCCCACAUCUUAGGUCCAUUAGAUCUGUUGGUUCAAGCACAGUUCACGUUACGGACGGGGAUUUGA